GCCCUAAAAUCGAAAUGUUAAUAUCCCACAGAAAAAGCAAAUUUUAAUUUUAAGCUUACUGUGUUUUAAUCAUAAUGCAAAGAAGAUUGCGUGAAUUGAACUGAUCAUAGAGCAGAUUUCGAAGAGCACACUUUCGGCUGUAAAGCGAGACGUCUCUCACAUUUGUAGCAUGUUCUACUUAAAUACUAUAAUACAAACAACAAGAGCAGAAACGCACUCAUACUCCGGCAGCAGAGUUCCGCGAUUUAGCCAUAAUCCUCGAAUUUUUUUCAUUUUGAUCCUUAUUCGAGUGACGCAAAUAGCUGAUACCGUGAGAAUCAUAUCGUAGCUGCACUCCAACGUGACCAACAUUCCACGCUAGUUUUGAUCGGAUAAGGUGUACCGUUCCCGAGAUCGUUUUCUAUCACAAGCAAGCAGAAUUUCGAUACAAAGUAGAGUCAUAAUUGUACAAAUAUAGUUGUUCUCAGAACAGAAUAUUCUUAUAUUUGUGAAUAUUUGUCUUGAUGCCGUUCUGAUUUCAUUGUAGGUGGUGAACAUUCAAAAUUGCUUUUGCCAUCAACAAAAUGGCAACAAUUUAAUGAGUUAUUAAAAUUAACAUUACAAGCAGAUAUAACGAAUUAUCGCUUUUGGAACAGAAAUCAAAAAUGUUUAGUUGAGAUGAAUAAUACACUACUAUCCACAUCAAAUUAUCAGGCAGAACGUAAAGACGAAGAUUCUACUGUCUAUAUUGAUGCUAUAAACUUUGAAGAUGUAAUCAAAGUUAAUUUUGAAUAUGAAUCAAAUUUCUACUCUAUCGAUACAUUGAAAACCAUAAGGAUUUGUGAUUUAUUAAAAAAUUUAGAAAUACAAACAUUAACUGAUAAUUAUGUACUCGUUUUAAAUUCUCAUGAAGAAAACAAAGAACCACUUCUCCAAUUACAAGCAGACUUUCAACAACCUGUCGGCAGUCUUACAUCAGAUAAACAAGUGAAUAUUCGAAUAUCGACAUUGAUAACUGUUGAACGAUACGGAGAAAAUAAUCCAAUGCUAAUACCAAUAUCAAGUAGAAAUGUAACAACUAAACAUAUCCUACACUCAGUAAUAAAAAUAGAUGGAUAUUUAGCUUCUUUAACGACAAUGACAAUAUUAGAUGACAAUCAAUUACUUUCAUUUGUAAAGGAAACAAAAUUUUAUCUGUUAAAAGAGAGAGAAACAUGUUUAGUUACGAUUAAUACACCAAAAAUAGAACAAUUAAUUGUCAUCAAUGAUGAUAAUGAUCAAACAGACGGUGAAAAACGCUGUUCAAUUUAUUCAACAAUUACACAGAUUCGUACACUAUUUGCAGUUCCAGCUGAACAAUUUCUUGUUCAUUCAAAUGAUUUUAUUCCAUCAAAUGAACUUCAGUUGUCUUCAUUGUUACCAUCACCAGAUGUACGAAUAAUAGCUUUUUCAUUGACCUAUGAGAAUCUACCAAUAACAAUACGAAUUAGAGAUAAGAAUCAAUGUUUAGUUAUGUUUAACUGUUCAAAAUUUACAACUAUCAAACGUCUAUGUGAAAUUGGUUGUCUAUUAUUCAAGCAAAAUAGUGAAUUCUAUCAGUUACUGGUUGAUGAUUCGAAUAUUGAUGAAACACUGACGGCAGAAGACAUUUAUGACAAUUUUAAUGAAUUUAUAUUUCAACUAUCGUGUACAGCAAAUAUUAACUGUUAUAUUGAAUAUGAAACGAGAACGAUUGAACUUCCAUGCAGUCUAAAAACCUUAACAAAAGAUGUAUUUCUAUCCGCACUACAAAAGUUUGAAGUUGACGAUGAUAAACAAAAUUAUGGAUUAUAUACAAUUGACGAUGAUGUACAAAUUGAUUUGGACAAUCCUAUUGAAGAUUAUCUUGAUAUUUUAAUUGAAAACAGUGAUGCCGUUAAUAAAACUUUUCGAUUUAGAAUUAAAUAA